CCCAAUCCCCUUCUCCCGCAGCAGAUCCCGAGCGGGCCGGGGCUGCGGGACCCUAGCGCUGCAGGGCAGGGCCCGGGGAGAUGUGGGCUCGGUAGCGCUGCACUCUCCCCCGGCGCUGCGGGACUGAUUGGGGUGGGGGCUGCUCUCUCCACCCCGCGCUCCCGGAUUGGCAGGACCCCAGGCCGCGGCAAUCAAUGACUGGGUGGGACCGAGCGGCGGGGUCUCUGCCACCAGCUGAUGGGGAUUUGCUGGGACGUGUGAGCGCCCCGCGCCGCUCUCCGGGGCUCCCGCUCGCACAAUGAAACCUUGCUAAGGGGGGGGGGGCAGACGGGGGCCGGCUGAGGGCUGGGCGCCAGUGAGAAGAACCGAAGCGACAGGGAAACACGCAGGCACCCACCGGCGCGCUGUGCCCUGCCCGCCGCCAGCUCAGCCCCGUGCCCGCAGGCUGGAGCCGCGCAAGGUGUUGGGUCUCCUCGGGCAGGUGACAUGGAGCAGCUGAACUGACCUGAGGAGCCAUCCCAGCUUUGCCCAGAAUGGGCUGUGUGUAUUGCAAGGAGAAGGGGUCGAAUAAAGGCCAGACAGAGAACGGCGAUGGCACGACCAGCUUGGCAUCGAAAUCCCGCUACGGCCCCGACCCGACCCAGCAGAAUCCCGCCAGCAGCUUCACCCACAUCCCCGACUUUAACAACUUCCACAGCACACCCGUCAGCAGCGCCGGCGCCCCCUUCAUGGGCCCCAGCCUCUAUCCCAACAGCACCUUGAACAUGCGUGGAGGGGGGAUCACAGGCGGGGGGGUGACCCUUUUCAUUGCCUUGUACGAUUACGAAGCCCGGACGGAGGAUGACCUGACGUUCCUGAAGGGGGAGAAAUUCCACAUUAUCAACAAUACCGAGGGCGACUGGUGGGAGGCGAGGUCCCUGAGCACAGGGGCCACGGGCUACGUCCCCAGCAACUACGUGGCCCCGGUGGACUCCAUCCAGGCGGAAGAGUGGUACUUUGGGAAGAUGGGGCGAAAGGACGCUGAGAGGCAGCUGCUGUGCCAGGGCAACCCCCAAGGGACCUUCCUCAUCCGGGAGAGCGAGACCACCAAAGGUGCCUAUUCCCUGUCCAUCCGGGACUGGGACGAGACCAAGGGCGACCACGUGAAGCACUAUAAGAUCCGGAAGCUGGAUAACGGGGGCUAUUACAUCACCACGCGGGCCCAGUUCGACACCAUCCAGGAGCUGGUCCAGCAUUACAGAGAGCGAGCUGCGGGCCUGUGCUGCCGCCUGGCCGUGCCGUGCCACAAGGGGAUGCCCAAGCUGGCAGACCUGUCUGUCAAAACCAAAGACGUGUGGGAGAUCCCGCGAGAGUCGCUGCAGCUGAUCAAGAAGCUGGGCAAUGGGCAGUUUGGGGAAGUGUGGAUGGGCACGUGGAACGGCACCACCAAGGUGGCAGUGAAGACGCUGAAGCCGGGCACCAUGUCCCCGGAGGCCUUCCUGGAGGAGGCCCAGAUCAUGAAGCUGCUCCGGCACGACAAACUGGUGCAGCUCUACGCCGUGGUGUCGGAGGAGCCCAUCUACAUCGUCACCGAGUUCAUGAGCCAGGGGAGCUUGCUGGAUUUCCUGAAGGACGGGGAUGGCCGGUUCCUGAAGCUGCCCCAGCUGGUGGACAUGGCAGCCCAGAUCUCGGCCGGCAUGGCCUACAUCGAGCGGAUGAACUACAUCCACCGGGACUUGCGUGCCGCCAACAUCCUGGUGGGCGACAACCUGGUGUGUAAGAUCGCGGACUUCGGCCUGGCCCGCCUCAUUGAGGACAACGAGUACACGGCGCGCCAAGGUGCCAAGUUCCCCAUCAAGUGGACGGCCCCGGAGGCUGCUCUCUAUGGGAGGUUCACUAUCAAGUCGGACGUGUGGUCCUUCGGCAUCCUCCUGACUGAGCUCGUCACCAAGGGCCGCGUGCCCUACCCAGGCAUGAAUAACCGGGAGGUGCUGGAGCAGGUGGAGCGGGGGUACCGCAUGCAGUGCCCCGGCAGCUGCCCCCCCUCCCUGCACGAGUUGAUGGUGCAGUGCUGGAAGAAGGAGCCCGAGGAGCGCCCCACUUUCGAAUACCUCCAGUCCUUCCUGGAAGACUAUUUCACUGCCACAGAGCCUCAGUACCAGCCGGGGGACAACCAGUGAGCCCCUCUCUCCGAGCCAGCCGGCCGUGCCCAGGGGCCCUUCCCUGCAGCGGCUGCACCGGGCCAGGACUUCCCAGGUGGCACUGGGCCAGGACUCGCCGUGCCAGCCGGCCGCGCCCAGGCGGCACCAGGCCGGGACUUCCCUCUUUGUACAGUCUGGGCCAGACCCUUUAUUUUACCGUCCCCUUUUGGGGGUUUUGUUACUUUCCUGCCGUCUGCGCUCCCCUCACUCUGCCCUGGGGGGGUGGGGGGUGCUUUGCACAAAUGCCUCCUAUUCUAAUGAGGAUCCCAGCCCAGGGCCAUGGACGGGGGGGGGCUGAGUGAGGCUGCUCUGUAGCCCCCCCCUGUUGGUCCUCCAUGGAGAAAUCCCCCCCCGCCCUUUUGCAGCUGCCUUCAACACCUAGCUCUUAAUGCGAGAGGAGCAAUGAGGCCGUGCUGCCCGCAGGGGCCAGAGGCCAGCCCAGCCUGCAGACAUUGGGAGCGUCCCUCCAAGCUCAAGGGGCCCAAUGUGGGUGCCCUGGGUUUCGGAGGUGGCAGUGGCUGGGCCCGCUGUGCCUCAGUGGCCUUGGAGGGGGCUGGACCAGGGCCAUUUCCCCCCCCCCCCCCCAACUGGAUUGCAGCAGCUUUGGAGUGUGUCCGUCGGGUCAUUCCGUCCUCGGGCUGACGGCUGCGCCCGGUCUCCGGCCCCCCGACUCUUGGGCGUCAGCCUUGUGUUUGUCCCUCUGGCCAGCUGCUGGUGGCGCCAACUCCAGGAGGGGGGCACCAUCUGCCACAAGUGCCUGGGGCGGAGGAGGGGGUCUUUGCUUCCCAUGGCCUGGGCACCCCGCAGCACCCCCAUACUGAGUCAAAGACCUUGCUGAAGCUUGGCCGGAGGCUGGGAGAGGGGAUGUGUGGAAGGUAGCCAAUCCCCCCGCCCCUCGCAGCCCAGGCAGGUGCCCUUACCCCUGGGGGGUGGGGACAGGUUGGUGGGGGCCUUUCCGUCUCUAGGAGCCCCCAUCUCACUCGGGAGCUGGGGAGGCUGUUGCCCAGCCUGUGCCACCACGGCGAGCCCCUCGCUGCCAGUCCUAACGUGCUGUGGGGGCAGAAGCCCAUUGCCGGCCGCUCCCCCAGGGAGCCCUCGAGCCUCCUUGGGUAGCAUUACAAAGCCUGGGGGUCAGGAAGUGUCUCCGGGUGGGGGCAGCACCCCACCCCCAGCUCAUCUAAUCAUCUCCUGUGGCAGGGACUAGCACGACCCCCCCCCCCCCGCUUGGCCAGGGGCACACUCCGGGCUCUUGGGGUGCCUGGAUGUGGGGCCACCAUGGCGCGGCCCCGUCCUGUGCGUCUGCCCAGGGGUCCCAUGGGGCAGCUGGCUAGCACAGGGGAAGGACGGGGCGGAGGGGUGACCCAGCUGCCGAUUUCUUUGCUGAGAAGCUUGGCCCUUUGCUUGUUCCCCGGCAGUCCCUAGCGGACAGAUGGAAGCCGAGCCCCAUGUCUUCUCUGCCCUAGCACAGCGAGGGGGCAGGGGGGGCUAGAUGCUCCCAUCUCCAUUCCCCACAUGUGGGCCCCAGUUGAGCAGUGCUGCCCUGAGGCCUUCUGCCCUGGCGAUUGCACCAGCAGGGGGCGCUCCCCUCCCGCCCGCGCGCCCCCAGGGCCUUGCACCCUUUUGUAUGUGACUUUCUGCCAAGCUGUUCGUUUAUUUAUAAGACUUUAACAAACCCCUUUGCCCUCCUCCCGGGGAGGGGGGGGUCCCAGUGCUCCCUGGGGCUCAGGGAGCUGGCUGGGAAGCUGGGGGGAGGGGGAAUAUUCUAUGUUUUUCCUCUCCCUCCCAGCUUGUAAUUCUUGCUUUUGUUUCUUUUCCUUAGCCAGAACCAAAUUGUUAAAGCCAUAGACUGCUGCCCAGGGGAGGAGAGCAGGCAGUGCCAAAUGCUUCUUAAACUGGGGGGAACAACCCCAAGGCUGGGCUGGGGGGGUCCCCGAUUUAGCCUUGUGGGGGGCAGAUGUGUGGUGUCCCCCCCCUAGGAAUCCCAGGCCCUGUUCCCACCAGAAGGCACUCAGGGGCAGGGAGGUCAUUUCCCCCCCCCCCCCCCCCCGGCGAGCCCAGCCCCUGCAUCUCAUGCUAAGGGUGGAGCGAGGCUCCACUCUGGACCAGCCUCAGUGGAGGGGUGGGGGGACAGGAGCAGAAUGUGAAUGCGAUUGGCGCGGGGGAAAGUGCCACCCACUCAGCCUGAGUCUCAGAGAGGCCAAGCUCCGGCAGCCCCCCCUUGAGCCAGGGCUGCGUCCAGGCUGUGGAGCCCCUCUGAGCCAGGCACCGUGGUACUGGAGCCCUCUUUAUUCCAGGGCGUAAUUUAUAACCAUUAACUUUAAUUCUCCUUUGACGACAUCCAGUGGAGGGGUCUGACCUGGCUCCUGCAGCCAGCCGAGGGGGGCUCGCUCCCUGCCGCUGCGGGCUCUGGUCCUUGACUGGGAGAUGGACACAGGGCCACGGGCCAGCCUUUGGCCCGUCCGCCCAGCUACAGCACAGAGCGUUCGAGGCCGCGCCUGCCUGGGGGAGUCCUGCCGAGGCUCCCUGCCCAUGCUGCCAUGGUUUUUUUUAAAUCGAUCUGUAAAUAAAGAGAAAUAAACCUUUCUAACAAGCGGG